CAACUCCCAUGUUAACAAUAGAAUUAUUGGGAAUUGAGUUUUUUUCAUUCAUAUAUUGUGGAAUUCUUUUUGUAUGAACGCACAUAGUAACAACAAUCAAAGUAUCGGUCCCUAUGUUAUUCGAUCAGAAAUUGGACGCGGCUCUUUCGCCAUUGUUUACAAGGGGAAGCAUUCGGAAACAAAGCGUGUGGUCUCAAUUAAGAGUGUGCUGACGAAAAAAUUAACCAAGAAGCUGCUGGAGAACUUAGAAAGCGAAAUAUCAAUACUAAAGGAAAUUCGACAUGUGCACGUUGUAGAAUUAAUAGACUGCAUUAAACUCGGCAGAUUCAUUCAUCUUAUUAUGGAGUACUGUUCAUUGGGAGAUCUCAGCUACUUCAUUCGGAAACGAGAGAAAUUUAGCAGUAUACCUUCUUUGGCCUGGAUUAACGUAGACCAUCCACCUGUUUAUAAAGCCGGAUUAAAUGAAACCUUAGUUCGUCAUUUUAUGAAGCAAUUGGCUUCUGCACUCCAGUUCUUGCGCUCCCGAUCUCUGAUACAUCGUGAUGUGAAGCCUCAGAAUUUGCUUCUACAACCUCCACCAACUGAAGCUUUUUUGGAGGAGCAUCCCCAAUUCAUAGGUAGCCCCAAAUUACCCAUGCUAAAACUGGCUGACUUUGGUUUUGCUCGCUACCUUCAAACGUCGAGCAUGGCCGAAACUCUUUGCGGAUCCCCUCUAUACAUGGCUCCUGAGAUUUUGAGAUAUGAAAAAUACGAUGCGAAAGCAGAUUUGUGGUCCGUUGGUGCUGUUCUGUAUGAGAUGGCUGUAGGAAAACCUCCAUUUAAAGCUCCCAACCAUGUAGAACUUCUACGCCGUAUCCAGCGUGCAAAAGAUGUGAUAAGAUUUCCAGAAGAAGCGUUCAUUCAUUCGGAUAUAAAGGCACUAAUAUGUUCUCUGUUAAAGCAAAACCCCGCAGACCGUAUCGAUUACGACCAAUUUUUUGCCAGUAUGGUAAUUACAGCUCCAGUGAUAGAUGAAUCUUCACUGACUGGUAGUGAUAUUCAGGACGCAGUUAAAGGUAUUAAUAUCCCUUCUUCUAGUCCUGCAUAUAUUACCGAUUUUUUCCCGAAAAGCAACCCGAACAACCCUCCUGGUGGCUUAUUGCGACAGGCCUUUCAGGCCCAAGGCUCUGUGCAACAACCUACAAAUAUAUCCCAGCGACGACAUUCUACCCGUUAUGUACAAGACGGUACGGCAUUGCCACAUGCCCCUGCUGUUUUUCCACCUGAAAGUGCACCUCCUGCAAGCAAUUUUCCUUCACAUUUUAAUUCUAAAACGAAUUUAGCCAUCUCCGAGCAUAAAUACCAUAAUAACCAUGUAUCCGACAAAAGUAGUACUUUUGUUGUUGUUGAUCGAAAUAAUGUAAAUUCCUUUGAGCAUCAUUCCGAUGAUGAAAUAGACCAUGUUCAAAACCGGGACCGCUCUGUGAAUGGAAAUUCUGCUUCUCCUAACGAAGACGUUUUUCACGGAAGUUUUUCACCGGAAAGUUUACCGUCUAACACCCAAACAUAUAUUCAUCCCCGUCGCAUUCCUAUACCUUACAUGAAAGCUAAUGCCUACCCGCCUCAUAAUCCUUAUAUGUCACAUACGCCGGUUACGCAGUUACGAAGGGCUUUUGAACAAACACCUAUAUCGUUACCAAAUGCGCCCAGUGGUGACAGUCAUGAAAGUGCGUUGGAAAGAGCUCUUAAUGUUGCCAAUGCCAAACUAAAUCAUGGGAUUGAUGGUGUUGCAAGUAAAAGUCCUAUUCAAUCAUUACCUAAGCAAACUGGCUUGCCGAGCCGUACAAACGCACCUGUUAACCAAACUAUCCAUAAAACAUUGAUGGAAGUAUUAGAAGACCUUGCUGCUAAAGCAAAUGCUGUUUUUCAUAUGGCCGAGGUGAAGUUGGUACAAGUACUUCCGUCAUUAGAAAUUGACGAUGCACAGUAUGAUACAUUAAAAGAUGCUCGGCUCACUUCAGCAUCAUUGGUUUCUUUAGUAAAAGAGUCGUUGACUUUAUACCAAAGAGAUAUUGAGCUCCUUCAAAUUGCAUUUAAUUUUGUUUCAACCGGUUUGUCUAACAAGGAUGAGAAGAAUACGUCUGAAUGUCGAGAAGCAUUGGAAUGGUAUCAAAAAAGAUACAUGGAGAGCCUUGAAAAAUCUGAAUUUUUGAAGGCUGUUGUGAAUUCAUAUUCCUUUGCUAAUACUUUACGUAUCACCAAACCCGCAUUUGCAUCGCAACUCAUCUACCAAAGGGCUUUAGAUAUAUCUCGGAACGCAGCUACCUCGGAACUUUCUGGAAAUGAUGUGUUCAGUUCAUUUAAAAGCUACAAAGUCGCCAAUAACUUAUUGGAGUCACUACUUGAAGGUGAAUUUUCGACUCCUAGCGGCACUGAGGACUUUAACAAUACCUUUACUAUCCAGAAAUUAAUCACACUAAUUUCAAAACGUUUGGACUUGUUACAAGGAAAACUUCAAGGAAGUCUUCCAAACGUGGCAGAUAAGGUUUCUGAAGGAUUAGCUAACGUGACCUUUGCUACGAAUUAUGCAUGAAUAAUCACCUGUUUCUAUUUACGCUGUUGGAGGUAAUUCUUUUCCAGUCUAUUUCACACUUAUGAUUUUCGACUAAUUUUGUUAUGACCCGUAUUGUACCGCUAAUAUCUUUUUACUUAAUUAUUUAAUCUAUAUUUAACUGAUAAUAGAGAAGCUUCGCAUGCAAAUUUACGGCUUCAAUAAAUUAUUUUUU